UCUCAGGAAAGUGACCUAACUUGGAUUUUUCUGUAUGGUCACAGAAUUGCAAGAAAUUCUCAUUUGCAUGGAGAUGGGGAGUUUAUUCUUCCUAGAAGCUGCAUGUCAAGACCCAGAAGAAAGAGGCAUUUCUUAAUAAUGAUUAAUCAGCUGUAUCUCAAAGAAGGAAGAAAAGAAAACAAUUAAGGAAAUGAGAUGCUAAGGAAACAAGGCGAAAAAUAAUCUCCCAAAGGUGGACCCACCCAGUAAACCUUGACAGCAUUUCCUCUUAUCCACCUGCAUAAAAGUGACCGGCCCUUUCCAAGUGGCAAGGAGCAGAGAGAGAAGACACAGGAGCGGCCUGGAAGCACCUGGUGAGAGGACAUGAAGGCUCCGUGUGUUUCCCUCUGGCUCGUCGCUGCUGUGUUCUUCCUGUGCUCAGUGCGUGCCCGAGGUCUGAGGAGGUGUCUGAUUUCCAUGGACUUACACCAUAUAGAAGAGGCUUUCCAAGAAAUCAAAAAAACCAUCCAAGCUAAGGACCCCUUCCAAAAUGUCACCAUCCUGUCCACGUCGGAGACCCUGCAUAGAAUUAAGCCCUUAGAUGUCUGCUGCAUGACAAAGAACCUCCUGGCAUUUUACGUGGACAAAGUAUUCAAGGACCAUCAGGAGCUGAACCCCCAAAUCUUGAGAAAAAUCAGCAGCAUUGCCAACUCUUUCCUCUACAUGCAGAAGGCUCUGCGACAAUGUCAGGAGCAGAGGCAGUGCCACUGCAGGGACGAAGCCACCAAUGCCACCAGAAUCAUCCACAGCAACUAUGAUCAGCUGGAGGCCCCGUCUGCCGCCAUUAAGUCUCUGGGAGAGCUCGACGUCUUUCUAGCCUGGAUUGACAAGAAUCAUCAAGGAACUUCUGCAGCCUGACAACCAGGAAGCUAACACCCCAGGGAGGAACAGCCCCUGUUCUGUGCCUGAGGGGAGGGAGAUGGGGAGGGCCCCAUUUUUAUGCAGAUGAGGGUGUUUUGCAGAUACCUCUCUCCCCUCUGGAAUUCUCUCCUCUGGGGCUGGGAUAUUGCAGGGAAAAAUCUAGGUUUGAACAGAUCUCCGCAUGGGGCCCCAAGACCCAUGGGCUGGGCCCAGGCUGCCUGAUCCCACUUGAAAGUAGACAGUCUGCUGUCAUAUUUAUAAUAAACAGGUCUGUCAAAAGGUCCUGCAGGCCAUCGUGGCGGAAACGGGUGGGCUUCCCCCUAAUUUAUUGUGCAGUUGUUUGUCCCGUGUCUGUGG